GCCAACUCGCAUCGAUAGCCUCGAGCGAGAAGGUUCAACACCAUGGCAGAGCUCUUAGCAGAGAUCAAGAAGCGCUUAACUUCCGGAGAUGAGGCUUCGCGGAAACUCUUCCAACGUGACUUACACGAAACCAUCGCGUCUGUUGAGACCCCGAAAGAGACGGCGAUUCGACUGUCCCUCUAUCCACUGCAGGCCGCAGCAGCUCGGAUCGGCCAUGAUUUGAGGAUAUUCCAGACGCUGGACACUCAAGGACCCCAGACUGUGAGCGAACUGCAGGCUCUGACAGGCGCUCAUGCUUUGACCCUCGGCCGCUUGCUAAGAUACAUGGCUUCUGUUGGAUUGAUUCGUCAGUCUUCAGCCGAUACAUUUGAAGCAAACAGCAAAUGUCGUCAUCUCGCUGCCCCCGAGGCUGUCACCAUCGUAACUCAUUUCUUUGAGAACUGUGGCCCUUUGUUCCAGGAAAUGCCAGCGUUCCUUCGCAAGAAUAAUUAUCAAGAUGUGACCGAUGGCAAGGCGACUGUUUUCCAGCCGGCGUACCAUACUGAGCUCGAUACAUAUACAUAUUUCUCCCAGCAUCCCGAUAACUUGACGGCUCUGAUCAAGUACAUGGGACUGGAGCGAGAUGUGCGAGGUCGCUGGUUGAAGGAGUACCCAUUUGAGACACAAACCCAAAGCUGGAACCCGUCCGCAGAGGAAGCGCUUUUCGUAGACGUUGGCGGAAACGUGGGACACUACUGUGCACUUUUCAAAGGUCAAUUUCCUCAACUUGCAGGACGUAUCGUGCUGGAAGAUUUGCCUGACACCCUCAAUCAUGCUCUGCCAACACCGGGAGUCGAGAAACUAGGACAUGAUUUCUUCCAACCGCAACCAAUCAAAGGUGCCAAAUUCUAUCAUCUGGGCUGGAUUCUACACAACUGGAGCGACGAGAAAGCAAAGAACAUCUUGCGCCAGAUCAAAACAGCAAUGGCACCUCACUCCGUGCUAUUGAUCAACGACAUGAUUCUCCCGGACUCCGGGGCGCCGCCAUUCGCCACUGCGUUGGACUUGGUAAUGCUUGGUGCAUGCGGCAGCUUAGAAAGAACAGGGCAACAAUGGAAGGAGCUACUCGGAGACGUAGGAUUAUCAAUCAACGAGGCGGUUGUAUAUGACCAGGAAUCUUUCCAUGGCCUUAUAUCUGCUACAGUCGCAUAGAAGAAGGGGCAUGAAGCUAGAAGCAUCAAAUUCAAC